AUGCAACAUUACAUCUCCCACUUCGACGGCAUUGACGGCCUCAAGAAGGAAGAUGUAACAAUUCCAUCACCCGGACCAGGAGAGGUCCUCGUCCAGAUCCGUGCUAUAUCACUAAACUACCGCGAUAUGGAGGUGAUCAACGGCGAAUACAACCACCACCGCGCGAUCAAGCAAGGUUCAAGCAUAAUCCCCUGUUCAGAUAUGUGUGGUGUGGUGCAAAGUGUCGGCCAAAAUGUCGCCAAAUGGAACGUCGGAGAUCGCGUUGUUUCCUUAUUCGUUCCAGAUCAUAAGACGGGAAAACUGACUGAGAGAGCACUCGCUACCAGUUUGGGCCUUCCCCAGCAAGGUGUGCUGGCAACGCAUCGCGUGUUCGCGGAGGAUGCGCUGGUCAAGGCACCCGAGCACAUGAGUGACGAGGAAGCAUGCACGCUUCCGAUCGCGGGUGUUACGGCAUGGAUGGCGAUUAAUGGGACUCGGCCGUUAAGCCAGAAUGGGGGUCGGGGGGAAUAUAUCCUUCUUCAGGGAACGGGAGGUGUUAGUAUUGCUGGGUUGCAGAUUGCGAAAGCGUCUGGGGCGAAGGUCAUAAUUACUUCGUCGUCCGAUGAGAAACUAGCCAAGGCAAAGGAUCUCGGAGCAGACUUUGGUAUCAACUAUCGUAACACACCGGAAUGGGCUAAUAAGGUUAUGGAAGUCACGAACGGACAUGGCGCGGAUAUUAUUCUCGAAACGGGUGGUUCGCAAACGCUGAGCCAGAGCUUUGUGUGUGCUGCGUACGGUGGCCUGAUUAACUGCAUUGGAUAUACCUCUGGCAAGACUCAGGCUUCUGGAGAGCAGAAGAACGUUAAUCUGCUCACUCUGAGUCGCAGCUUGACCUUAAAGGGAUCAGUUAACGGACCGACGGAUCGCUUCGAGGAGUUGAUCAAAUUUGGGGAGAGACAUGAGAUUCAUCCUGUCAUCUCCAAGGUCUUCCCUUUCAGCCAGGCGAGGGAUGCUUUCAGGUAUCUGGAAAGUGGCUCGCACUUUGGAAAGAUUGUUAUCCAGGUUUAG